CCCUCAUUAUAUUCUCUUAUUGUAUGCAUAACGUCCGUAUCGGCUCUCAAAAUUUAUUACUCUACAUAGGUACUGCCGAUCAUCGAUCCAUCCGACAUGGGCGGCGGUCAGCGCCCCGACAAUCUGCCAUUAAUUCUCAGGCUCAAGCUCUCCGUCGGCUCAUUUCUCCUUCGCCUCCUCGUCCGCCCCGACGGCACCGUCCGCCGCCGUCUCCUCACCUUUAUCGACACCAAAAUCCCCCCCAACUCCACCGCCGUCGACAAUGGCGUCAACGUUUCCGCCGCCGACAUCUCCGUCGACCCCUCCCGCAACCUCUGGUUCCGCCUCUUCGCCGUCCCCGCCGCCAGGGCCACCGAACCCCUCCCCCUCAUCAUCUACUUCCACGGCGGCGGCUUCGCCAUUAUGAGCCCGGACUCCAGGGCCUGCGACGGGCUCUGCCGCACCCUGGCGGCGGAGCUCCCCGCCGUCGUUGCUUCCGUCAACUACCGCCUGACGCCGGACCACAAGUAUCCCUGUCAGUACGACGACGGAUUCGACGCCUUACAGUUCAUCGCCGAGAGAGCGUCGGAAAUCCUGCCGGCGAACACCGACACCUCCCGGUGCUUCCUGGCCGGCGACAGCGCCGGCGGAAACAUCGCCCACCACGUGGCCCUGCGCGCGUCGGAAAACCCCGGGAAACUGGCGGUGGCCGGGAUCGUGGCGGUGCAGCCGUUCUUCGGCGGAGAAGAGCGGACGGAGUCGGAGCUGAGGUUGAGCAAGGCGCUGCUGUUGACGGCGGAGGGCACGGACUUAAUGUGGCGGAUGUUCCUGCCGGCGGGAGCGGACAGGGACCAUCCGGCGGCGAAUGUGCUCGGCGGGAGGGAGGCGGCGGAGCAGAUGGCGGCGCUGGGGCGGUUUCCGAGGAGCAUGGUGGUGGUGGGAGGGUACGACCCGCUGCAGGACCGGCAGAGGAAGUACGCCGAGAGGCUGAAGGAGUGCGGGAAGGAGGUGGAGCUGGUGGAGUUUCCCGACGCCUUCCAUGGCUUCUAUUCCUUCCCGGAGCUCCCGGAGUUCCCUAGAUUGGUUCAACAUUUCAGGGAUUUCUUGCACCACCAAUAAUUAAUUAACUACGUUAUGUUGUCAUUAUUGUUAAGGUAUAAAAUUAAUCAAACAAAAUAUCUUGGACGAAAUGUGUACUUGUUCACGAUUUUCACAAUUGAUUGGGCUUGGGAAUUUUACAAUUUCUACAAAGCCCACAUUCGAUGCCAUUAUAUUAAGAUAUAGACAAAAAUAAAAAUUAAAAUUAAAAAUCAGUUGCACGGUUACCUUUGCUAUAAAUGUUGGAGAUUUUCCAUUUGGUUUGAU